CAUCGGCCGCACCGCGGACCUCUGGCAGGACGAGCCCGCCGCGGGCAAGGGCGGCGCCAACGGCAGCGCGCCCGACCUGCCGCCCCCGCCACACAACGGCGCCGCCAACGGGCACGCCCUCAAGCCCGCCGCCGAGCCUCUGAUGAGCGACGACGACGAGACGGCGCUGGCGGCGGGCGCGGGCGACGGAGCGGCCGAGACGGCGGGCGACGACCUGCGCUGCGGCAUCGGGCCGUGCGCGCCGCGCUGGAUGCAGAUCUUCGCCUCCAAGCAGGCCUUCCUCGUCACCUUCUGCAUCACGUGGGUGCUGCAGGGCAUGUACUACACCUACUUCGUGAGCGUCAUCACCACCAUCGAGAAACUCUUCCAGAUACAGUCCAAGACGACGGGCAUCAUCAUGAGCGCGACCGAGAUCGGACAGAUCGGCUCGUCGCUGCUGCUCACCUACUACGGCGGCCAGGGCCACCGCCCUAAGUGGAUCGCCUGGGGGAUGGUGCUCUUUGCCGUCUCCUCCUUUACCUGCUCGCUGCCGCACUUCCUCUUCGGCGACAAGCUCAUAGAGGCCAACGACAGGCUGUUCGCGGGCGUGGCGUCGACGAGCGUGGGCGACUUCGGGCGCAACAGCAGCGCGUCGGGCGCGCCGGUCGAGGUGUUCACGCCCAACGUGUGCCGCGCGCCCGACGCGGACGCCAACACGACGCUGCCGUUCGGCUACGACGCCGGCGGCCACAACGCGUGGACGGCGCUGCUCGCCUCCUCGCCCGCCAACGUCACGGCGUGCGAGCCCGAGGAGCGCAUCCAGUCCAAGCACACCACCAUCGUGCUCGCCAUCUUCUUCGUCAGCCUGCUCGGCGUCGGCAUGGGGCAGACGGCCGUCUACACGCUCGGCAUCCCCUACAUCGACGACAACGUCGCCAGCAGAGAGUCGCCGCUCUAUUUCGCUAUAACGAUCGGCGUGCGCAUCCUGGGCCCGGCGCUGGGGUUCAUUCUGGGGUCGCUGUGCACGCGGCUGUACGCCAACCUGAGCGUCACGCCGCACAUCAAGCCCACCGACCCGCGCUGGGUCGGCGCCUGGUGGCUCGGGUUGGUAUUUGUAUCUUCAAUGCUGAUGCUCGCUUCACAAGCGAUGUUUGCGUUUCCUAAAAGACUGAGUUCCGGAAGGCCAACGCCCCGAUCACUACGCAGGGGCAAGAAGAACCCUAGCCUAAGAGACUUUCCAAAGGCUGUGAAGCGACUGCUGAAGAAUGAUAUACUGAUGUUCCGCACAGCAAGUAGUGUGCUGCAUAUUUUGCCAAUUGCUGGUCUCUACACCUUUCUGCCAAAAUAUCUUGAGAGCCAGUUCAGGUUAGCAGCACAUACUGCAAACAUGAUAUCAGGUCUUGGAGGAAUCCUUGUGAUGGGGCUUGGUAUCAUCAUCAGCGGUGUUUUCAUACUUCGCAUAAAGCCCAAUGCAAGGUUCGUUGCUGCUUGGAUAGCAUUCACAGCCAUUGUUUAUGCCAUAGGUAUGGGGAUAUUAAUGUUUAUUGGCUGUCCAAUGGAUGAUUUUGCUGGACUUGAAAUAGGAAGGACACCAAGCUUUAAGCCAGUUUGUGAAACAAAUUGCAAGUGUGAUGAAAGUAAAUUCAGCCCUAUUUGUGGAAAUGAUGGUCGGACCUAUUUCUCAGCAUGCCAUGCUGGUUGCCAGAAUUACACCAAAGAUCAAGAAGAAAACAUAAAUUCAUUUACAGAUUGUAUCUGUAUGAAGCCAGAGGGAGACAACUACACAUUAGCUGAACAAGAUGCUUUAUCCAUGGCACACAUUGGUUAUUGUGAUUUGAAGUGUGACAAAUUUAUAGUUUAUAUUUUGUUAUUCUCAAUUUUUGUAUUCAUACACUCUACCUCUGAAGUUGGUAGCAUGUUACUUAUCUUACGCUGUGUUGACCCAAGAGACAAAGCAAUGGCCUUGGGCCUCAUACAAUUUGCCAUUGGCCUAUUUGGUAAUGUGCCGUGUCCUAUAGUGUAUGGAGCAGUCGUAGACUCUGCUUGCCUAGUUUGGGAAACAGCUUGUGGUGAAAAUGGUGCAUGUCGGUUGUAUGAUGCCAAUAUCUUCAGAAUGUUUUAUCAUGGAACAACUGGAGCAAUUCUAUUAUGUGCCUUCUUCGUAGAUGUCAUUGUGUGGUACAAAGCGGGCUCUAUAAAUUUCGUUGAGGAACAUGAGAGAGAGAUGUCGAAUCAAGAAGAAGAAUUAAACCCGAUGACAGGAAACCCCAGAUCAGAAACAAGUGUCUGACAAAUGCAUUUGUGAGAGGAUUGAGAAAGAACUUUCCAGAGUCUUCCCUCAUCCCUCCAUGCUCCAUGAUUGUUACUCAAGUGACUUCUUGCUUUAAAAACUGUGAAAAAUGUUAACAGACUUGGGAAGUGGCUCUGCUAGCACUUCACCAUUAUAUCGACUGAUGACAAUGGCAGGGAUCUAACAUUUGUUAGAACUUUUUUUCAAUCUUUUAGUGACUAAAAUUUAUAUUCAAAUAUUGUCAUAAACUGUUAACUGAUAAUUUUAUAUUUAAUUUGUGUACUGAAUGUAGCAAAAGUGACUUAUGUAUAUGUUUGAUCAUUGCCCCUUUGAGGCAAUUUUUUAUGAAUGUUUUGGUACAUUGCUUUUUGUAGCAAUUUUAAUUAGUUAAUACAGAUAAAUAUAUAUUUUAUCUAUCAAACAUUGCCUAUUGUGCAAAUAUAGUCAAUGUUAGCAUUUCCUUUGAAAAUUUAUUGAAAUGGUAAUCAUUCCUAUCUCAUCAGAUACUGAUGGCUCAGAUCACAUACAUUAAAUUGCUACAAUUUUGUAGAAAUGAAGACUGCUACAAACAUUUUGUAAUUUUGAAAUUAAUCAAUAUUAUGACC